AAUUGGCUCAUUGGACGAUCUCGAAAGGCACGUUAAUGAUUGUGGUUUCGCACCAGCAGUGUGCUCAAACGAAGGCUGCCUGUCGGUAGUCAACAAAAGUGAAUUAGUUUAUCAUGAGACCACGAUCUGCCAUCAACGAAUAGCCAAAUGUCAUAAUUGUGAACAAUUGACCCAAGAGGUUGGUGAACUUAGAACGAAUUUAACAGUCGUGAACAGCAAGUUGAACAAAAUGGAGUCGACGUUGACCACGUUAGCGACGUCGACGUUGAAGCUUGCCGAAGCAGCUACAAAACUCGACGCCUUUAAGAGUAAUAUGUCUGCGGAAGUCUGUAACAGACUGGAUGGUUUCACUGCCAAACUAAACCGUUUGGAAGCAAUCGAGUGUCGACUUCAAGAACAUCAUCAAAAAAUGAAUACUCGUUUUACCGCUAUAUCUGAACCGCUCGCAAAGUUAUCAAGGCUGGAAAGUGAUCAACAAAGUAAAGUGCCACUACUUAAUAAUGCAGAGAAUAAAAUUGUUGAGAAUAAUAACGAAACGUUGAACGUAAUUAUUGCAGGAGGUUUAAUUAAUGGCAAGAAAUUGGGAUCCGUAGAGACGUUCAACCUAUCAACCGGGGCAUGGUCGAAGGAGCAAGCGAUGCAGACAAUUCAGACAAGCGUUUAUGAAGCUUCGUCCGCACUUCACCAUAAUCAACUAAUCAUAUGCGGUGGGCGGACCAGUUCUGGUGUGUCGGACAAUAUGGUGAGACGAAAUAUCGGAAUCAAAUCGGCAAACUGGACUCGGUUUGGCGUUCCGCUACCUACCAAAUUGCGAGGACAGUGUGGCGUUGUUUAUGAUGAUCAUCUGUAUAUUAUAGGAGGCUGCUAUGAGAAUGGUGCAGUUUCCAGUGAAAUCUAUACAACCCAGCUUGUCCCGCCUUAUCGGUCUAACUUGUUGACUAGGUUACCAGAUGGAAUGUCGCAUCAUAGUGUUCAAUUGUUUGGUGAUCAACUUGUAAUCGUUGGAGGCAUUCACGGUUCUUGGUCAUACCGAAGUCGAGUAUGUAAUGUUUUCUUGUACGAUAUUUCAAAGAACGAAUGGAAGCGGUUGGCGCCAGUGCCUUCUGCUGGUGUGCGUGAAAUGGCAACAGUCCGUUGGGGUGAUAAUAUUAUUAUUAUAGGAGGCAUUAAUGCACACAAUAAGCCAUUAAAAACCGUUGUAAUGUAUAAUAUUAAGACUCAAUUAAGUGAGGUAUUACCAGACAUGAUUUAUUUCAGACGAGGCUGCGUAGCAGCCGUUCUUGGAAAUUCUAUAGUUGCAAUAGGAGGCGCAACUCACGGGUUAAAAUGCUUAAAUACUGUCGAGUGUUUUGAUUUCAAGCGGUUUUCGUGGCAAGAACUAUCCUCUAUGAACGAAGCUAGGUAUUUAGCAACUGGCGUCGCUUUUUAACUCUGAAUUGUAACUUACAUAUCUGUUUGAAAGUUUUGUAGUUUGUAAUGUACAAAAGUAGAUUUGAAAUUCAUAUUUGAAUAAGAAUUAAGUAAACCCGUGUAUGUUAUUACUCUGAUAUCGUGCAUAUUUAACGGAAUUUCGCACCAAUUUUUUUAUGGUUGUAUUGUAAAGAGUAUCGAAAAUGACCAAAUAAGGAUACUUUGCCAAACUGUCUAAGCUUGCUUCGUUCUUGAGAUAUUUAACAAUUCUUGACAAGCACAUUAUCCUCACUAUGACGUCACAUUGCAUAAUGACUUUCCAAAAAAACUUCAAGCCCUUGGGACAACAUCGACAUGUCGACAAAUUUGAAAUCAAUUAUCUGUAAGAGUUAUAAAAGUUGUUUUCUUAGAAAGCACUAUGCAAUUUGACAUCAUAGUGAGGAUAAUUUGUAUGCCACCGUUAAAUAUCUCUAAGAAAGAAGCUAUUAAGAUAGUUUGGCAAAGUACUUUAUUAGUAAUUUUGAAUUUUAUUUUUAAUUAAUUUUAUACAAUGUAGUCAUUUAUAAAUCGUGUGAAAUUUCGUUCAAAGUAUGCCCGUUUACAGGUUGGGUGGUGGGCACGACCUAACCUGCGAACAGUAAUACUCUGGGUACUAGAUUGCGGACUUGGUGAAAAUGUAACCUUUCUCACCUAAAUUACCAUUGAGCAGUGCAUCGGCUUUUGCUGAAAGAUGAUCUGCAAAUGAAUGCGCAGCCUGCACGAAUGGCGAGGGGAGGAUCACUUUUUCUAAACUCAAUCCAAUUUAAUUAACUAACUAGCUGUCCCUCCAACGGAUGAAUAUAAAACGCUUUUAACUCUCGAAAACUGUGUUCAGUAACUUUCACUAACUUAAGUUUCCAAAUUUUAAUUUUUAAGGAAAUUAAUUGUUAUUAUUAAUUUUGUUAAAGAUGCGGUAAAGUCCGUAUGUAAACAAAGGCUUUGUUUACAUUUCGGUAUCCAAAAUAUUGAAUUUCAUUCGACAACUAUUUAUAUUUUCAUGAUUCUAGAGUAUAAUAAAUAAAGAAGAGACAACAAUCAAGCUUUGCAAGAACAUAAAAUGAAAUAAAAACCUAAAUAAACUGUUUGAAAAUAAAAAGAGGGCUCCUUUGUGCACAUGCGCAGAUCGGACUGUACCGCAUCUUUAAUAUGGUUGUUUUAAUCAUUAAAUUGAUGUUUUGUUCAUUAAACUGAAAGGUGGACAGUAUGGUGUGUUCUCGUGCAGUUUUUACCAUUUGUGUAUUGCUUUUAGCUUGCGACGUAUGUUUGGCUCAAAAAGAGGGAAAAUGUUCUACCCAUGCUCCUUUGCAAUCAUUACAUCACUUAGUUCACGCAGAGGAUCAUGGGAAAGGCGGCAGCAUCAAAGCAACCUAUGCAGUGAUGUCGUUUCCUGAUGAGGUACAGUUGUGUACGUCAAGUAUACCGGGUUAUAUCUACGGAGCUUGCGCACGACGACAUCUGCCUUCAGGAACAUGGAUUGGGCCUUAUGAAGGACAACGAACUUUUGACCAGCGGAAUGGUUCCUGUGAAAACCAAGACUAUUUGUGGGAGGUUCGACAACUUAUUUUGUUUAAAAUUAGUAAAUUAAGUAAGUGGGGGGGGGAGGGGUGCUAAUCAACCUUACGUGUGCAGCGCUCUUACCACUGAGAUACAGUGUGCAUUGCCGAACAAUAAAUAGAUAAAUUUUGCUCGAGUUGAAAUUACCAUCUAUUCAAACAUCAAUCAACAUUUGGUUCUGUCGAGAUGCCCAUUCAGUACUUACUGAAUAAAUGUCUUGCUUAUAUUUCCAUUCCAGAUUUACACCGAGGGAAAUUUUUCGCAUUUUAUCGACGGUAGCGACGAGAACUCUUCAAGUUGGAUGAGGUUCAUACGUUGUGCAAGGAACAGAAAGGAACAAAACAUGGCAGCUUAUCAAUGUGGCCAAAAUAUUUACUACCGUUCUUUCUGUGAAAUCGGUGUUGGCGAGGAACUCUUAGUAUGGUAUAGUGAUAGUUAUCUGAAACAUUUAGAAAUACCUUUGAGUUUAAAGGAAACUGACCAACUCAAGAUUGAAGGUAUAGUAUUGUGCUUAAAGGGAAAUGGCAAUAUAUUUUUUUAUUUUCUCAUUUGAAAGAACUUUUGAGACUAUGUAUUGUACUCUUUAACGGUUUUUUCAUAUCUUGCUUACUUCUACAAAUAAUUUGAUCAAAAGGAAUGAAAUGUACGCCGCAUCUUCAAUUUUUGUAGAUGUGCAUGUCACGUCGCAACAGGGAUCGCGCAAUAUUUUUAUCUAGACAACCACUAAUCAUUUUGCACUCAAAACUAUACUCUGUCUGCCCUUCAAAAUAUCAAGAUCACUCAAAACCUUUAAAACAUCUACCAAUCAACAUUUGGUCAGCAACGAAUACUUUUAUAUGGUUAAUCCCUGUUGUGGUGUCACCAAAACUAUGGCGGACCAAGGGUGGAUUUUCAUUUUUUUUAAAGAAUUAAGGGGUGAAAAAAUUUCUAAUGGGGUGCAAGCAGCACCAUGCACUGAGCAAGCUUCAGCAGGGGUUACAUGCAGCAUUAGGGUUAAAGACUUUCACACAAAAUAGGAGGGGUGAAGCGAAAUUUUGGUUUGGUUGAACACUUUAUAAGAGGGAUUAGAGAGAUUCUAGGGGGGUUUAACCACCCUAACUUUCCCGGUAAAUCCGCCCAUGUGGCGGACAUGUCAUUACUUCAAGUGAAAAUAUUUCAAGAACUAAGCAAGAUAUGAAAAUCGGUAAGAAAUUAAUGUAUAGUUUCAAAAGUUCUUUCAGAUGAGAAAAUAAAGAAACUAUUUUGCCAUUCCUUAUAAUGACUGAAAUAUUGAAUACUGUAAUAUGUCAAGAUUUUGGGCAUGUCGCUGGAUGGAACUGAAUGGGCAGAUAGGUUAAUUACAGAGCCUGAAAUAAUUUUUAAAUUUGUCCGGCAAAACUUCCAGCAAAAUGAAAUUUGACCGGAAAUUUUCAAAUUUGGUCGGAAAUUUUUUAGUUUAAUUUGAUCGCCUCCGUUGAGUAAAUUAUGUCAAGCAUGCAGUAAAUCACUCUACUUGUAAUAAACAGCCUAUUUAACUGUCCUGAUGAAGGGCCUUUGCUCGAAACGUCGAAGAAACGCAUUCUUUAUCUUCCAGGUCGUCAAAUUAACAACAAUGAAAGCAGUCACUCUGACUCGUAACUCAUGCACUGUCACACAUUUAAGUUAACUAAACUUUGUUUAAAGCAUUCUCUGAUCGAAGAAACUUUGAUAACUUUCCAGUUGAUUACUCUAUAUAAGACUAGUAUAGAUAAUCUAAGACUAUAGAUACUGCACUCACUGUGCUGAGCGCCGACCCGAUAAUUAAAAAAACCCAGAUUAUCAUUUUUUUUCAACAUUUGUCCGGACGAAACUUCCGAUCAUUUCAGCAUUUGGUCGGAAAAACUGGAAUUUGGUCGGAAAACCGCCGACCGCCGGCCGUUAUUUCAGGCUCUGUAAUUAGGUUGUUAGUUGAUGGAAUUUUCGAAUGAAAAUUUUAUCCGUCCCUGGCGGAGGUCUUAAUAAAGGUGCGUUUUUCGCAGCUGCUCCCUCUUUAGUCUAAAAUUGUAUAUAAAUUCUCGUUCGAAAAUUCCACUAAAACCCCAUGUAGCUACAUUCAAUAAUAGUAUUUAUUAUAUAGUAGAGAGUGAGAUACUGAAAAAUACACAGUGAGAUAUUUUCCAUAUCUUCACUAGUGAAGAUAUCGAUCAGUUGGUUAGGGGCCGAGUACAUGGAGCAUUUUCAACCCCUGUUUACCGGGUUGAAAUUUCAGCCCUGUCUGUAAUACAAAACUCUAUCAAAAUCAAACGCGCGAUUACAUGACAAAUUUUCAACCCAGGGCUGAGUUCAACCCCGGGGUUGAAAUUUCAACCCUGCUUCAGCCUGGUUAAAAUUUUGUCAUGCAAUCGUUUCAACCCAGGGCUGAAAUUAUCAUGAGUUAUUCGAGCAUGCGUGGUAGUGACUAUUUAUUACAAGAAAACAAAAUAAAGGCUUUUUUACUUCCGCGAAUCGAUGCCGAGAACGUAUAGUAUAGCGUUUCAACCCCGGGGUUGAAAUCGUCCAUGUAAUCGCAAAAAAUUUCAACCCGGUUAACAGGGCUGAGUUCAACCUCGGGGUUGAAAGUUCUCCAUGUAAUCGGUCUCUAAGAGCGCUGCAACUUUUGUAUUUUUGAACCAAGAUAUUUUUCUGUACCAAGAUAUUUUGUACUAUAUCAAGAUAUUUGAUAAUUAAUAUGAAUAUUUUUUGUUUCUAAAACUUUUUCCUUCAAUUUUUCUAGAACUGGUUGGAAACUUUAACGAGAAAGGACCUACAGUCAGUCUUGCAGCUCCCACUCCACAAGCUCUUGACCGCACCAGCUCUAUACCCGUAUCGCCUCGUCCUUUUCCACCGGAAACUGCAACAUCUCAAGGCUACCCCGAGUACCAUACCACAACAUCACACGAAACAUCUUUUCUUGAAACUGAAAGUGCAGCAUUGCCCCGUUCCUCUGAACCUGUUACACCGACUGUCCAACAAGCCUUAGCUGACCAAGUAAAGAAACGAAUUGAAAAAGGAAAAUAUUUGCAAAGCCAAGAACUUCCUAAGAUUGAGGAAAACGAAGAAAAAUAUGUCUUCAAUGAGUUUCCUAAAGCGGAAAGAAGUGAUUUUCAAGACCAAGUGAACUGGAGUGAUUUUCAACACCAAGCUAAAACAAGUGAUUUUCAACAUCAGAAUGCAGGGAAUUAUGAACGGGAAGGACAUAAAGCUGCUGUACUCAAUGAUUUAUGUCUACCGUUCAAAUGCAGACAAUGUUUAAAGGUUUUCACCCAAAGAAUUCAACUUCAAAUGCACGUCUGUCCUAAGGAACCCUACAAGCCCUUUCAGUGUGGACAUUGUUCGUUAAGUUUCGCUCAGCCUUUGGAGCUUCGGAAUCACGUCGUAGUACACUCGAGCGAGCGACCGUUCAAAUGCGGCUUUUGUGGACGGUCGUUCGCGGGCGCAACUACUUUGAAUAAUCACGUGAGAACACAUACUGGAGAACGACCGUUUGUUUGUAAAAGUUGCGGGAAGACGUUCGCGAUUGCCACGCAACUCGCGAGACACACGCGUGUACUGGGAGAGUGUCCCGGACACGUGUCUAGCACGCAUGGGGCAAAAUAUGCAAGUGAAAGUUUUGUGGGCAAUGAUUAGGUGUGGUAUUUGUAAAUUUGGUGGUGUUAUUUAAAUUCGCGUG